UUCCUGGCUUCGCUCCAUCAGCCUCCGUUUGGCUGGGCGCUGUCCCUCUCCGCGGCGAUCUGGUUUCCCCGACGUGUUUUGUUUGCGACGCUGUCGUGUAACAGCGCGCUUUACGGCCGCGGGGACGGAGCGAGCCGGCGCCAGGGCCCCUCGGGCCGGGAAGAGAGGAAGGGGAGCGACGUUGAUGCCCGGCGGAGGGGAGAGCGCGGCGUCUGGCCGGCUUCUCACCGCCGCGGAGCAAAGAGGGUCCCGGGAAGCGGCAGGGUCGGCGUCCAGGAGCGGCUUCGGGGGCUCCGGCGGCGGCAGAGGCGGAGCAAGCGGCCCCGGGUCCGGGAGCAGAGGCCCGGGCGGCCCCGCGGGCAGGAUGAGCUUGACCCCGAAGGAGCUCUCGAGCCUGCUGAGUAUCAUAUCGGAGGAAGCGGGCGGCGGCAGCACCUUCGAGGGCCUGUCCACCGCUUUCCACCACUACUUCAGCAAGGCCGACCACUUCCGCCUGGGCUCGGUGCUCGUCAUGCUGCUCCAGCAGCCAGACCUGCUGCCCAGCGCGGCGCAGCGCCUCACGGCGCUCUACCUGCUCUGGGAGAUGUACCGCACCGAGCCGCUGGCCGCCAACCCCUUCGCCGCCAGCUUCGCGCACCUGCUCAACCCCGCGCCGCCCGCCCGCGGCGGCCAGGAGCCCGACCGCCCUCCGCUCUCAGGAUUUUUACCUCCUAUAACUCCACCAGAAAAGUUUUUUCUUUCCCAGCUGAUGCUGGCACCCCCACGGGAACUCUUCAAAAAGACGCCUCGCCAGAUUGCACUGAUGGAUGUUGGAAACAUGGGCCAGUCUGUGGACAUUAGUGGGCUUCAGUUAGCCUUGGCCGAACGCCAAUCUGAAUUGCCAACGCAAAGCAAAGCGAGCUUCCCCAGUAUUCUCAGUGACCCAGACCCGGAUUCUUCUAAUUCUGGAUUUGACAGCUCAGUUGCCUCUCAGAUCACAGAAGCUUUAGUCAGUGGACCAAAGCCACCUAUUGAAAGCCAUUUUCGACCCGAGUUUAUUCGUCCACCGCCUCCACUCCACAUUUGUGAGGAUGAACUGGCUUGGCUAAACCCCACGGAGCCUGACCACGCGAUCCAGUGGGAUAAAUCGAUGUGUGUUAAGAAUAGCACUGGUGUGGAGAUCAAGCGAAUAAUGGCCAAAGCCUUCAAAAGCCCCUUAUCCUCUCCCCAACAAACACAGCUCCUUGGUGAGUUGGAAAAAGACCCCAAACUUGUCUACCAUAUUGGCCUCACCCCAGCCAAACUUCCUGACCUUGUGGAAAACAACCCUUUAGUCGCUAUAGAAAUGUUGCUGAAAUUAAUGCAGUCAAGCCAGAUCACUGAGUAUUUCUCUGUCCUGGUCAAUAUGGACAUGUCUUUACAUUCAAUGGAAGUUGUAAAUCGACUAACUACAGCUGUUGAUCUACCUCCUGAAUUUAUUCACCUUUAUAUAUCAAAUUGCAUCUCUACUUGUGAACAGAUUAAGGAUAAAUAUAUGCAGAAUCGGUUGGUGCGUCUUGUGUGUGUGUUUCUCCAAUCCUUGAUCCGUAACAAAAUUAUUAAUGUACAGGAUUUGUUUAUAGAAGUGCAGGCAUUCUGUAUUGAAUUCAGUAGGAUACGAGAAGCUGCUGGUCUUUUCCGGUUGUUGAAGACAUUGGAUACUGGGGAAACACCUUCUGAGACCAAAAUGUCAAAAUAAUACCUCAUCAGAACCAUCCCAUCCAUUCACUGUUCAGCUGUACUGUGAUUUAGUUUUUACACCGUUAAAACCCUGAGUGGGUUGCUUGGUCUAAUGCAUAUAAACAGUACUUUAUCUACUUAAAGCAAAGUUUUGCUUUCUUGGAUGACUUUUUCCAUGAGAUGAAUUUUUUAUAAGAACUGGGGAAAACGUGUCUUUUAGUUAUCUUGCUGAUGACUAUCCAUAGGAGGAAUGGCUAUCCCAAAAAAAGUUCCGCAAAAAAGUAGAUGAGUUUUUUUUUUUAAGCACUAAAGAACAAAAUGCAUUUUUCAUUAAUACAGGCUUCUGAUGAACCAGGAAUCCUGUUUUCGUGAAGUUCCAAUGUUGAUGACAGUAAAUUCUUAAGCAUUUGUCCUAGAGGUGGAAGCAGCUGAAUGUUUCUGAACCAUCAAGAGGCAAACAGGAGUUUGGUUCUUUAACCUGCUUAUGCACACAGCUCUUAACGCCUCAUGAGGCACAUAGCUGUUAACUCCUGAUAAACCAAGGAUUUACUUAUAACUUUCUCCUUGUCAUGGAGGCUUAAUAGACAACAGAAUAAGUGCAUUUCUUGGGCCUCUUAUAAACUUGGGAACUCUUAGAAAGCUGCUUCUAUUACCAGGCUGUAAUAGCUGGUAUCGUUUUUUUUUUCUCUUAAGAUGUUCUGUUAAUAGUUUGAGACAGCCAUUUUUUUGUUUUAAGGAAAAAUAUCAGUCAGUGCUCUGGGAGGUAAUUUCCUGUGGGGUCUGCACCCUCCUGUCUGGGUGGUGGAUGUGGGUUUGAGAAGUAGGAGAGCAAGGUGGUACCGCGUGGGCUCUUAUCCUUUAUGUGAUUUUGGACAACAGUGCCUUCCAUUAAAGUUCUUUUUAUCAACUGUUA